AUGAGCAAAAAUCGAACACUUAUAAACCAUGAUGGCCCAUUAAUCGAAAAAAAGAAUUCUAUAAAUAAGUCGGAAGACGGAGGUUAUAUAUCUAAUGAAUCAUAUAAUAGCUCGGAGUUUGUGUUUAAUUUUAAGAAUAAUAUUACAGAUUGUUUUGAAGAAAAAAAUAAGGGAUUAUUUAAACUUUCUUUUGAUAAGAAAUGUUAUGAAUCGGAUAACAUUGAUGACAAUAUAAUGGAUGAUAUGCAUAACAAAACAUAUUCUAAAAAUUAUAAGAAUAAAGACAUAGAUAAACCUGAUUUCGUAAAAGAUGGAAAAAAACAGUUAUCUGGAGAAAAGGAUGAAAUAAUAAAUAACCUAAAAAGACAUAUAAUUUAUGUGACAAACAAAUUUGAAAAAAAGUUAAAUAAUCUAGAAAACAUUCAAAAGGAUAACUUCCAAUUAGAGCAAAUAUAUAAAAAUAAAUAUUAUUUGGAUAUGAAAAAAGAAAAAAUGAAAAAUGUCCAAAUUAUGUUUGAAAAUGAUGAACUCCUUAAGAAAGUUCAUUAUUAUGAUGAGUUGCUUCAAAAAUUAAAACAAAAAAUUCGAUGUAUUUUUAAGGAUAUGUAUGCUCUUAUUGGAUGCUUCGAAAUUAGUGAAAAUAUUAACUUUAUGUUGAACAACAUGAAAGAUAUUUCAUUACUCAUAGAAUCUAUGAAACAUAUUAAAUUUGAGCACAAUGAAUAUAAUAGAGAUAAAGAGGCCAAGUUACUAAUUAAUAAUUUUGAUGAUAUAAAAGAUGAAUACAGAGAAAAGGAAGAGAAUCAUUCUAUAAAACAAUCGUACCGAUCAGUAAAUACAUCUAAUAAAAACAAAAAUUAUAAUUCGAAUUAUGAAACUAAAAAAAAAGGCAAAAGACAAAAUAAUUGUGUUAAUAAGGACGUGUGCCUACGAAGUGAUUCAUUUCUAAGAUGUGAAAAUUCACAAAGUAAAAAAAUAAAUAUAGUUGACUCUGUAAAUCAUUAUAAGAAACCAAUUAAAUAUAAAUAUAGUAUAAAAAGAAAAGGUAACAACACAAACUUGAAAAGUGGGCAUAUCAAUAAUGCUAUAAAUGCAAAAAAAAAAGACAAAAUAUCAAAUUUUACAAUAGAACUUAAAAAUGUCCCCCUUGAAAAUUCUGAUAACAUACUGAGUUUGUUGAGGAAAACAAGAACAUUUAAUUAUCUAUUAAGAAAUUCGUUUAAACAUGGAAUAGAAAAGGACAUAUCUUAA